UUUCUGUACACCAGCAACGGCGAUGAUGGCGCGACAACAAAGACGCGGAGCACCGACAACGGCAGUGCUGCAUGUGCCGCUGCGGCUGCACGAUCUCUCCUCACACGCCCGUUCUGAGUGUGUCAAGGGGUUCAUCAAGACCCUCCUCUUUCAACGACGCCAGAUCCCUUGCGUCUAUGAGCAGCUCAAACAACAAGCAGACGAACUCAGCGCGGAGGAGACUGGACCCUUGCGACUGCGUGCCAAGACAAAGCAGUUUGUCGCUUAUGUGCAGGCACUCGAGUCGCUGUUCGACACACUCGACAGGGCCGUCGAGUCAGCGGAUGCCGCCGUCAUCCUUCUUGGCUCCACCCGCGUCACCCCAUCGGAGGCAUAUUGGAUCGACCUUCCCCACCAGGACGACCCAGCGCAGACAAGCACCUGCAAACAAGGGGCACAGCCACAGAAGCGCGAAGACCCCGCAAGGCUGUCACACACUGCGCCAACCCAAGCAAUGCAACAACAAGUGGAAGCAGCUCCACACACCUUGCACGCUGCACGCAGUUCACAUGCGUGUGGCGCAAAGCAACCGGCGCAGCCAUCUUCGCAGCAGCAGCAAGGUCCGCAUAUGCGCCGCUUCGUGCUUGCGCCUCCGCCACCGCCGCCGUCAUCGUCAGGUCGCUCAGCACCAUCAGCACCUUCAGCGCAAGCACGGAGGCGAGGUGCCAUGGGCGCGGCAGUGCGGCGGUUUCUCUUGGCCCUGUAUGCAGCGCCACCAGAGGCCUUCCACAUGGGCAGCAGCGCUGUCAAGCGCACGGGCCUACACGUGCUGCUGCGGACACGGGCGCAGCCCCGCAAGGGCAGCAGCGGUGGUGCCGGCACUAGGGAUGUCGAUUGCGACAGCGAGCGAGGUUGCGUGCCUGCUGGGAUGACCGCGUGUUCGGCACGACUGGAUGUACAGCGGCUGUUUGAGCGGUGUCGGCGCCGCACCAUCCUGCGCUGGGACGAUGAUGACGGCGGUGGAGAUGGCGACGAAAGCGAAGGCCGCGAUGGUGGGCAAAAUGAAGGUGAUGACGAGAAUGAACGCCGUGAUGGUAAUGAUGGUGAAGGUGGCCAUACCCGUGCUGAUGGCAACGACAGUGCUCGCAGCCGCAACGAUGGUGGUCACGGUGCAGGUGCGAUGGUGUGGCUGGCGUGUGCGCACGCGCCGAAACCGGUGCACCCACCAGCAGUGAGGGAGCAGCGCACAGCAGCUACAGGCAGCGGCACGUCGACAGACUGGAUGAUGUGACGUGACCAGGCUCCUUGACGCGAGCCAAGUCCGCGUUUGUGUGGCAUGCGUUGCUGCUGGUGUUGUCAACAUGGUGCAUGUCGGUUUACGCAUCACGCUGACACAGCAUUCGUAGUCUUUGGCAUGCUUGCAAGCAAGCAAUUUGACUCGAACACCCCCCCCCCGUCACACACACACACACACACACACACACACACACACA